UUUUCCCACUUUCCUUACUUUUAUGGCUUUGCUCCUUCCUCUCUUCUUCUCUUUCCUACAGCAAUUUAGCACUUAAAACAUCACUGUAAACUCACCUAACAUUCUUCUCAAAGCCCCCAAAUCUCUUAUUUCCUUUACUUUUUUUCUUCUAAAUCAGAUUAGAACCGUAGAUAUAGCUUCAACUUGCUAAAGAUAUCAGAUUUUGAGGAAUUUGGAGUAUUUUGCUUGAUCGGUUAGAUUCUGAUAAUUGAAUUUGGAUUCAAGUCAAAUCGGAAUUGAUUCAGGAAAAAGUUCAGUUUGCUUUUUCCUUGUCGAACUGGUGUUGCAAAAAUCUUCUAAAAAUGAUGAUUUUUGAAGAAAUAGGCUUUCCUGGAAAUUUUGAAUUCAUGUCUGAUCCUCUGGGUUGUGGAGGAGAUGUGGCGCAAGAAGUUGAACAUAAGCCGACAGGGGUGGAGGAGGAGGACUAUAGUGAUGAGGAGAUGGAUGUAGAUGAACUAGAGAGAAGGAUGUGGAGGGACCGAAUGCUUUUGAGGCGGCUCAAAGAGAAGAACAAGAAUAAAGAGGUAGGCGGUGAUGGUGCAAAGCAGCGUCAGUCGCAGGAGCAGGCUCGCAGAAAGAAGAUGUCUCGUGCACAAGAUGGUAUAUUGAAAUACAUGUUGAAAAUGAUGGAAGUUUGUAAUGCUCAGGGUUUUGUCUACGGGAUCAUCCCUGAGAAAGGGAAGCCCGUGACUGGUGCUUCCGACAAUCUUCGUGCGUGGUGGAAGGAAAAGGUCAGAUUUGAUCGUAAUGGCCCUGCUGCCAUUUCCAAGUAUCAGGCUGAUAAUCAGAUUCCCGGGAGAGUUGAGGAUUCAAGUGUGAUAGUUUCAACUCCCCACACUUUACAAGAGCUGCAGGAUACGACGCUAGGUUCCCUUUUGUCCGCGUUGAUGCAGCACUGUGAUCCUCCGCAGAGGCGGUUUCCCUUGGAGAAAGGGGUAGCUCCACCCUGGUGGCCUUCAGGUAAAGAGGAGUGGUGGGGUCAGUUGGGUCUGCCAAAUGAUCAAGUGCCACCUCCGUACAAGAAGCCUCACGAUCUUAAGAAGGCGUGGAAAGUUGGUGUUCUAACUGCAGUUAUCAAACACAUAUCCCCUGACAUUGCUAAGAUUCGCAAGCUUGUUCGACAGUCAAAGUGUUUGCAGGAUAAGAUGACAGCUAAGGAGAGUGCUACUUGGCUUGCUAUUAUCAAUCAAGAGGAGGCGUUGGCUCGUAAGCUGUAUCCUGAUAGCUACCCACAAGGCUCUUUAGCUGUCGGUAAUGGUUCCUAUUUCAUCAGCGAUACCAGUGAUUAUGAUGUGGAAGGAGUGGAUGAUGAGAGAAACAAUGAAAUGGAAUGUAAACCCCAUGAUAUCAAUCUCCUAACCGGAAGUAUGGUACCUAAAGAUAGGAUCUUGAUGCCAGCUUUAGCUCCAGUGAAAGGAGAAAUCAUUGAUUUAACUUCAGAUUUUAUCCAAAAGAGGAAGCAGCCAUCUUUUGAGGAGUCUGUUGAUCAAAAGAUGUAUACCUGUGAGUACCUUCACUGCCCAUAUAGCAAUUAUCAAGCUGGAUUCCUUGACAGGACUUCAAGAAAUAAUCAUCAAAUGGAUUGUCCAUUCCGUUUCAACUCUGCUCAACGACUUGGCAUGCCGCCAAAGUAUCAGAUCAACAAUGAGAAUAAUACAGUUUUUCCUGCUCAAACCGCUACUCCUAAGCCAGCUACUUCAUCAGUCACAGGUUCCUCGUCGAUGACUGUCUCUGGGCUUGGACUCCCUGAAGAUGGCCAGAGGAUGAUUUCUGACCUCUUUACAUUUUAUGAUAACAACUUGCAGCAAAAUAGUAGCAUCUGCUCUGGAAAUUCCAAGAUUCUAGCAAAUCAAAACAUGCAGCAGAACCAAACAGUUGAACUUCCGAUGGACGACAGCUUCAACCUGGGACAUCUGGACGCAGAAGCUCAAGAAACAAGCAUGACCAUGAAUUCAGCUUAUACUUCGAAUGAGUUUCAAUAUGAUCAAUGCAAGCUGCCCUUUGAUGCCCCAUUCGCCGGAAACUUAAACGAUAUUACUGAUUACAGAUUUGGUUCCCCAUUCAACAUGGGAGGAAGUGACUAUUCCAUAGAUCAGCUGACAAAGCAGGAUAUAUCUACAUGGUACCUCUGAAACAAGUCUUGUUGUUUCCCAUAUGAAGAGCUGAUAGGUUGUAUAUGUUUAGAUAUAAGUGAUCAGGGCUAUGUCCUUUAUAGACAAGUAUUGUAGUCUCUUUUGUGAUUUAGUUGAUGUUUUGAUGGUUGUAAGUGCUGAAGACAGUAUUAUGCUUAUGGAAAUUAUGCUUUAACUCA